CGUGCCGCCUAUGUGACAGAGGCAGGGACAGCGGGCGGUUCCCUCAGCAUCCCUGCUCCCGGGGAGACGGCGGUGGCGCCAGGUGAACGCAGCUCUGAGAAAUUCUCCCCGCGCAUCCUGCUCCCGCUGCUGCGCGCAGCUGUGGCUGCAGGUUCCCGAGUGGCAGCUGCUGCUGGCGGACUCGACUUGUCCCACUUCGUGCGUGGCAGGGGCUCUUGGGGCAGAGUUUGCACAGUUGGCUGGAGAGCUGCUGCGCCGCCCGGAGAUGGGAAGGCAGAGCCUGCGCUGGGGCAUCCUCCUGUUGGCGGCUUUGGCGUCUCUAAAAGGCGAGAAGCUGCCAAACUGCGAGGACGCUCGGAAAGUUUUCCAGCUGCGGCAGAUCGGCCCCGCCAAGGGGCUGCCGGAGACCCCGCGGGCAGGGGCUGAUCUUCAAGUUUGUACAUCUAAAAAUCUAACGUGUUGUACCAAAAAGAUGGAGGAGAGAUACCAGAUUGUAGUAAAGCAGGAUAUACAACAAGUGCUUCAGACAUCAAGCUCUACUUUAAAGUUUUUAAUAUCUCAUAAUGCAGCUGCUUUUCAAGAAACCUUUGAAAUGCUUAUCAGACAGGCUGAGAAUUACACAAGCAUACUUUUCUGCAACACAUACAGAAACAUGGCUGUCGAGGCUGCUACGGCCGUUCAAGAGUUUUUUACAGAUGUGGGACUCUUUGUAUUUGGCAUAGACAUUAGUACAGAAGAACUGGUGAACAGAUUUUUUGACACCCUAUUCCCACUAGUCUAUAACCAUCUGAUUAAUCCUGGUCUGACUGACAUUUCACUGGAAUAUUCAGAAUGCAUUCGAAUGUCACAAAGAGAUAUCAGUCCUUUUGGUAAUGUUCCAAAAGUAGUCAUGGGGCAAAUGGGGAGAUCAUUGUUAUCCAGUCGUACUUUUUUGCAGGCCCUCAAUUUAGGGAUUGAAGUGAUCAAUACAACAGAUCAUUUGCAGUUCUCUAAAGACUGUAGCAGAGCCUUACUACGAAUGCAAUAUUGCCCCCACUGCCAAGGAAUGACUUUAAGUAAGCCAUGUAUGGGGUACUGCCUGAAUGUAAUUAGAGGCUGCUUGGCUAACAUGGCAGAAAUUGACCUUCACUGGCGGAGAUAUAUUCAGUCAUUGGAAGAGUUGUCCAGUACAAUGCAUGGGACAUAUGACAUUGAGCACGUACUUCUGAACUUUCACUCACUUGUUAAUGAUGCUCUGACACAUGCUAGUAUCAAUGGACCAAAAGUAACUGAACAGGUAAACAAGAUAUGUGGUCAUCCUGUGAGAAAGCCGACAUUGUCGCCAGGUUAUUCUGAUCAGAACAAACAUAAUCAAGGGAUGAAGAUGUCUGCAAGAGACAAUGAAGAAACACUGGCCAACAGAAGAAAAGAAUUUAUGAAAAGUCUACGGCUGUACAAGACAUUCUAUGGAGGCCUGGCUGAUCAGCUGUGUAUCAAUGAGUUAGCAGCUGCUGAUGGGCUAGCAUGUUGGAAUGGUGAAGAUGUCGUAAAAAGCUACACCCACCGUGUGGUUGGCAAUGGAAUCAAAGCUCAGUCUGCGAAUCCAGAAGUAAAAGUGAAAGGAACAGAUCCUGUAAUAAAUCAAAUUAUUGAUAAACUGAAACACAUUAUCCAGCGAUUGCAGGGCAAAUCAUUUCCUAAACAUGAGAAGUGGGGUCUACUACAAACGGGCAGUGGUGGAAGUAUGGAUGAACAAGUCAGUGGAGACUGUGAUGAUGAGGAUGGUUGUGGAGGAUCAGGAAGCGGGGAAGUGAAGAGAAUCCUGCAAUUUAUUGACUGGAUGCCAGACAAGACAAACCUCAGUGACGUAAAGCAAAUCCAUCAAACAGAUGGUGGCAGCACUUUAGACACAACUGGAGCAGGAUCUACAGGAAUGGCUGCUUAUAUGACAUUUACAUUGAUUAGUGUGGUAACAUUACUUUUCAGUCUUUGGUAAAUGUGCAGCUCUGUCUUGAUAUAAGCAUCUCAUUGCAGUCUGUUCUCCCGCACAAGCCUGGAAUAAGAGAUUGAACGUAGCAAUAUUUAUGGUAGCCUGAUCCUAGGUCUACAUAUUGACAAAAUUGUUUGCUUGUGUAAUAUAUUUCGUAGGUUUUUUUAACACCUGUAUAAUUAAGCAAAAUCAUAUUUCUUUUUAGAAUAUUAUGUUACAGAUAUAAUAGCAGUAUGUUGAACUUGCUGAACUCUGAACUACUGUUAAAAAAGAGAAACCUGAUUUAAUUUCUCAGCAUUUUUGUAUUUGAAAAUCCUGUCUCCUUUCUGUUUACAGAAAAAUGCCCCUCAUAAGACUUAAAAACUAGAAUUUGUACAUCUCAUGAGUAAAUGGGUGAAAUUUUAAGUCUAAACUAUUUUCUGUGAAAAAUGAAGAUUAUACAACACUGAAACAUUUUGCAAAUUUAUGUUAGUUUUGGUGAAUUGUUCAUGUCUAAAAACAAACAAAUGCCAAAAAAGUCAAGAUUUCAUUUUCCCCUUUGCAAAACAAUAUUUCAU